ACUAGCAAAGGAGAUGGGAGGUGAAAGGAGAUAGGCCACAAGAAGAAGAGGAGGCGUCCAGCUGAGUGUCAGACAGCCCUCACUGCCAUCUUAGCAUUUUACGUGAGAUUUCUUGGUCCUGGUCAGUCAGAUAGCAACGCAGCUUCCAAGAUUACACCACCACCACCUACAUCACCAUGGGCACUGGCAAAGAUUAUGAUUAUCUGAUAAAGUUCCUGGCACUGGGGGACUCUGGGGUGGGCAAGACCAGCUUCCUGUAUCACUACACUGAGGGCGUCUUCCAGCAGCAGUUCAUAUCCACGGUGGGCAUUGACUUCAGGGAAAAGCGACUGACUCACCGUCGAAAGGAGGGAGGACCACCCCAAGGAGUGCAUCUGCAACUCUGGGACACAGCAGGCCAAGAAAAGUUUCGUAGUUUAACUACAGCCUUUUAUCGGGAUGCCAUGGGCUUUCUCCUCCUCUUUGAUUUGACUAAUGAACAGUCAUUCAUCGAUAUCAGGAAUUGGCUGGAGCAACUCAAGACUCAUGCCUACUGUGAGGACCCUGACAUAGUGCUAUGUGGCAACAAGGCAGAUCUUGAGGACCAGCGUGUGGUGUCUGAGCAGCGGAAGGAGGUGGCUCAGAAGUUUGGACUGACAUAUGUGGAGACCUCUGCCGCCACUGGCCAGAAUGUGGAGGCUGCCGUGAACCAUCUCCUGGAUGCUGUGAUGAGGCGGAUGGCCCUGGCAGUGGACUCCAGCAUCCUGCCUGGACGCAGAGGCCGGGCCAAGGGCUUGGUGGCCGGAGAGGACAACAGAGCCGAAAAUAAUGAAAAUAACUGUGCCUGUUAAUGGGCAAACUGAUGCAGGACUGAUGGCCUAGCUGUCUAGUUGUCCAGUGUGCUAACUCAAUAAUGCGUUAGCUGAGUAACUGGCAAGCAGACUGACUGACUGACUGAGUAAUAGGUUAGCAUAGCAGUCAACUAUGGUCUGACAAUUUUAUGAAGAUCGUUUAGGUGUUGGCUUUUUCAGGGAUUUCCCGGCCUGCGGCGCUGUCACACAUUUACCAAUAUGCACCCCAAGUCAGGUACUUAAAACUUUGUAACUGAAUGGUGUGUAGUACAUAUACAUUGUGAUGCUCUAAAAAGGCAAGUUAGAGUAAUUUGUGUUUAUUUUUAAAUAUAUUUUGGAUUGUUUUUGCAAACACAACAGUACUUGACGUUUCCUCCAAGCAUUGUCAUCCUUUUGGGUGACCGAGUGAGGUCACAGGUCAAAGUGACUGUGUUAAUCCAUGGGCCACUUCCUCUCCUGCUACCAGCCAGGAUGUGAGAGAGAGAGAGAGAGAGAGAGAGAGAGAGAGAGAGAGAGAGAGAGAGAGAGAGCAGCUUAACUGAGAGGCAGAUUCUUUUCUCAAAUUUUAGUAAUUUAUAAGUAAUUA